AUGGGAGGUCCAGCAGUGGUUAAUGAGAAGAGUGACAGUGAUGACUACAACUAUAAAUAUGCUUCUGAAGAGUGUCAUACCCCGGUAUCUUCUGAGGAUGAGAGAACAAUGCACGGACUUAAUUUCAAUGAAGAAAAUGAAUAUGGAGAGGUUCAGUUUGAGCUUGGAAUGCAAUUUUCGAGUAUGGAGAGAUUUAAGAAGGCCUUAAAGGAUGUAUUUGUCUGGGAUGGAAGAGAUUGCAUGUAUAUUAAGAAUGAGAAGGAGAGGGUCAGGGCUAGAUGUGCAGAGGAGAACUGCCCAUGGUUGAUAUACGUGGCAAGGAACUCAAAAACAAUGGCAUUUGAGAUAAAAACAUUUCACAACAAGCAUACAUGUGGAAGGGAUUAUGGAAGCAACUUGGCCGAUAGGAAAUGGGUCACAGAUAAGCUGGAAAAAAGGUUGGCAACACAGCCUAAGCUAACACCGAGGGAAGCAACAGAGCAUAUGAAACAGGACUACAAUGUUCAGGUCCAUCCAAAAAUGAUCCAAAGGGCUUUGAAAGCAGCUAGGGAAAUUGUUGUUGGGAAUGACCAGGCACAAUAUGGGAAGUUGUGGGAUUAUUUACAAGAGUUGCAUAGGAGUAACCCAGGCAGCACGGCUGACAUGUGUGUUGACCCAAUUCCGCAGUCUUUACCGCUGUUUGACAAAAUUUAUAUAUGCUUAGAUGCGUGCAGAAAUGGGUUUAUUAAGGGUUGCAGACCACUAAUAGGCCUAGAUGGAUGCUUUUUAAAGGGUUAUUAUGGAGGCCAACUCCUAACUGCAAUGUCACUUGAUGCUAACAACCAUGUAUUCGUUAUUGCAUAUGCUGUUAUAAGAGCAGAAAACACAGAGAACUGGAUGUGGUUCUUAACUCGGCUUCAGGAUGAUUUGGGAGACCAUCAAGUGCGCGGAUGGAACCUCAUGUCCAACCAACAGAAGGAUACGGCUAGGAAAAACAAGAAAAAAAUGCCAAAGAGGCCGCAUGUAGAGCCAGAUGAGAUAAACAUUUCACAAACUGCCCCAACUGCAGAGGUAAAUAGAGACACCAUAGUUAACUUUUUUUUAAACACAAAAGAUGUAGUUUUGGAGCCCAAAUGUGAUUCACUAUUGUUUUACCAUGUUCCAGAAACUGAUCAAACUACUCCAAUGAAUCAGGCCACAACUCAGGCUCCAAAGGCUCAGCCCCAUUCUGCAGCUCCAAAGUUUAGGCCCAAACAGAUGGUCAGAAGGCCCCUAGGUCCUCCAGUGCAGUCCAAUGAACCUCCUCACAAUGUGCAAGCCCAAACAGAAGGACAAGGCUUACAGAGAACCUCUCAUGUAAUCUCCAAUGAAACUCUGGUAGCAGCUAGCACUGGGACCUCAUCAAGGCUAUUCAAGUUCAUUCCAACUCCAGGAAUGAAGCCUCCACCAAAAAACCAGUGA